GUUUGGGGCGUGGCUUGUGCUGUAGGACAUUUUCGGCUCAACUCAGCAGAAGUCACACUUUCCUUAUCGAAAGCAUACAAAUCGCAGGGCAGAAGAGACGUUUAACGGGGUUCAAAUCUAAAAGAAAAACAUGGCUGCUUAUGACUUUAAUUUCCUGCUGGCGACUGACUCCUACAAGAUCACACAUUACAAGCAGUACCCUCCAGACAUCAAUAAAGUGUAUUCUUACUUUGAAUGCCGCAGAAGGAAAGGAGACCGAUUCAAAGAGGUUGUCUUUUUUGGCCUGCAGUAUCUUCUGAAGAAGUAUAUUUCAGGCCAGGUUGUAACAGAAGAAAAGAUUCAGCAGGCGAAACUGAUUUAUCAGUUGCAUUUUAAACAAUCCGUUUUUGACGAAGAAGGCUGGAGGCGAAUCCUAGAGAAACAUGAUGGUCGCCUUCCAAUCCGUAUCAAAGCCAUUCCUGAAGGAAAGAUCAUUCCCCGUGGGAACGUCCUCUUCACAGUGGAGAACACAGACCCCGAGUUCUACUGGCUUACCAACUAUAUUGAGACUAUGCUAGUCCAGAUGUGGUAUCCCAUCACUGUGGCAACCAUUUCUUGGGAGUUUAAAAAGAUCUUGGCAAAGUAUUUGAAGGCGACUUCAGGAAGCCUGGAUGGGCUGGAGUAUAAACUUCAUGAUUUCGGCUACAGGGGUGUUUCUUCUCAAGAGUCCGCCGCCCUGGGUGGAGCAGCCCAUCUUGUCAAUUUCUGCAGCACGGACACAGUGGCAGGUCUCCUCAUGGCUCAGCAGUACUACAGCUGUUCCAUGGCGGGUUUCUCAAUCCCAGCAGCAGAACACAGCACCAUCAUCUCAUGGGGCAGAAACCGGGAGAAGGAAGCCUUUGAAUAUUUGCUGGAACAAUUCCCUUCCGGUCCCAUCUCCAUUGUCAGUGACAGUUAUGACAUUUUCAAUGCCUGCAAACACAUCUGGGGGGACAAGCUUAAGGAGCGUGUCAUGGAGCGGAAGGAAGGCUCAACGGUGGUUAUUAGACCUGAUUCAGGGGAUCCACAAGAGACUGUUAUUGAGGUGUUAAGGAUUCUGGAAGAGUCCUUUGGAAGUUCAUUGAACUCCGUUGGCUACAAACUGCUUCCCUCUUGCAUCCGAAUCAUACAAGGAGACGGAAUAGAUAUUCACUCCAUUGAAGAGAUUCUGAAGAAACUGAAAGAUGAAGGCUGGAGUGCAGAAAAUCUCGUCUUUGGAUGUGGCAGCGCUCUGUUACAGAAGAUCAACAGGGACACUCUGAACUGCGCCUUUAAAUGCAGCUAUGUUGAAACCAAAGGAAAAGGGAUGGAUGUGUAUAAGCAGCCAGUCACGGACCCAUCCAAAGGUUCAAAGAGAGGUCGACUGUCUUUAAGUAGAAACUCACUUGGGUUUAUAGAAACCGUAGAGCGAGGGAAUGGAAAGCCUGAGGAGGACAUGUUGGUCACAGUUUUUGAAAACGGGACCAUUGUUCACGAAUACUCACUGGAAGAAGUCCGAAAGAAUGCCAGGUUAUGGGAGGAGGACUUGGCACAGCUGCAGCAUAAUAAAGAUGCUUUGAAUGGGGAUGCGCUGCACGAUGAAUGCAUAAUGAACGGAGUGCACUGAACCUGGGCAGUUGCACAUUAUAACAUUAUAGCUGACAUAUUUCUAGUAGGGACCAAUGAAAUACACUAUUGUGUUUCGAUGGGGGGGGGGGGAUCGGUAUGCGUACUUGAUUACUUUAUAGGACAGUUGUUUCGACAUUGAGGAUAAUUCAUUGAUCGAUACGAAAUCAAAUCCCAUUUAUUCCUCAGAACAUGUUGUUUACACUAUCACAUUCUAGAUUUAUAUUUCAAAGUUUAGUUUUUAUUGAAGUGUGCUUAACUGGUAUACCGGUUCACCUCAGGCAUUGAUCUGAUAAUUUGUGUGUGUGUGUGAGAGAGACCCACUUACAUACUCCAGAAAUAUGGGCAAUUGACAUGAUAACAUUAGGAUUCCUCUUUCUGGGGUUUUGUUGAGUUUCUUGGUUCUCUGCAUGCAUUUGUAUUAAUAAGAUCUAGAUGGAAUAACUUUUUUUGUAUUCAGCACUGCAGGUUGGAUAACAACGCACUUACCCCUUCGGUUAUUCGGCCAGCCUCAUGUGUGGAAUAACUACAUUCCACACAGUAGGUGACUACUCAUAUAAAUAGCCCAUAACAGUCCUGUUAAGCAGUUAUCACUUCCAGUUGUCCAGUUUUAAAGAACAGCUAAAACUAUUAAAAACACCAAACAGGCCUUGUUCCAUUUAAGAAGCUAUUGUAUUAAAUCAGAAUUAUAGCAUUGCUGUAUUGGUGAUAUACUAUUUAAUGAAGCUAUAGAUUUUUAUUUCAGGCAUAAGUGAGCUUUUUAGCAUAAAGUACUAACUAAAUAUUUGAAGGCAAAUGUUGUAAUCAAAUCAAAUAACUAACUGAGCAAGCAGUCAUAAGACCACACCCCCUGGCUGUGUUGCCUUUUAAUUGACCCUCCUGAAUGGUAGAGCGUGUAUAAAUUACAUUUGGAAAGUAUGUAUUUUAAGGUACAGUAUAGGAUUUCGACUUUGUAAAUCUAUAGUAAAGAAUGCUGCUCGCUGACUAAAUCUAAUAUUUUGUACAGGAAAGCCAUAUUUUUGUUUUGGUUGAGACACAUUGUGCUGCAGCCUCUUGUAUUUUUAAAUGAGAUCAGUAAUGAAAUGUAUCUUUUUUUAUGCUGCUGUUCUAUAUUUUAGUUUUGAAAUUAAUAGGUAUUGCUCUUUCUUAAAUACAUUGGUUUGUGCGGGAUUGUAUGUUUUUCAAUAUAUCUGUGAAUUAUACACUGCUCAUGAUCUUUUGGCCAAUCAGAGCACACGCUUCACCUUCUGUAUUAUGCAACACAUCACAGAGGAAUCUAUGCAAGUCAACUGCUUAAAAAAAAUCAGCAAUCAACUUCCCAGCAUUGAGGGAUCCCAAUAUGUAUUCGAUUCUUGGGAUAUUAACAUGCUUUGCCAGAGUACUUCCGUCUUCAGAUUGCUUUUGUAUACAGAUCCACUAAAAUAUUUUACUUUUGAAAAACAGUCCACUAGAUUUAAGUUUUUCUUUAACCUAAGAUGGAUUUCCCCAAGCCCUGUACUGUGAGAGAAGGCCAACCUUCCGCACGCUUGAGUGUCCUAUACCUGAAUCCAGUCCUGUUUCUUACGUUUUAAAUAAGGGCUCCGAGUAAAGAAGACAGAACUCAGGUGUUAUUUGAAGGUGGACUGGCUUUGAAGCUUAGUUUUGAAGUUAUUUUUUUCCUGAGCACAAUAUGCCGCAUAUUCAUUGAAAGGGAAUUUAGGAUUGAAGAAGUGUUAAGCAGGGCUGGCAGUUGGCUUUUGAAAAUCUCCUGCCGGGAGUCAGAAGAACUAAAGGAUUUCUUGAGCGAGCAAAUGAUGGUGAAUUCUUUGAAGAACUUUUGAUGUACAGAGAAGUAAAGCAUUGAAGGAUAAGCAUGUAGAGUUUGAGUGUGCAUUAAAUAGUCCAUAAAUGACAUCUUGGUUUAAUAAUCGUUAGACAGCCCCUUGUUGUAUAUUCUAGGGUCUCUUCAGGCUCUUGAUGUAUCUAUUAGAUUCUGUACUCCUGUAUUCUGCCCUUGAAGUUUAUAAAAGGGAUAUGGCUUUUUGAUUCUGAGUGAUUUACAUGUGAGCAGUAUUGGGUAUAAGAAUAUAACAUUCUGUUUGUUUUUUUUCUUAUUUAACUGUAAUCAAUAAAAAAAAAACUAAAAAAAAAACAUUUUACACCAUUAAUAGAUCAGAGAUUUUACAAAAUACCUGGAAUUUUGAGAUACCUGGACUGAAAAACUAUUUAUUAAAUAGCUGUGAUAGUAUUUCAUAUUUACAUUCUAAUGUACAUAUGCUUUUUAUUCAUUUCUUGGCCAUUUUGGUCAAAGAAAGAAGUACAGGGCUAGCAUAAAAGUCGCUUGGCUUUAGGUAAAUCAGGUGAUUAUCUAGCCGUAGGGAUGGAUUUUCACCCUGGCACAGAACAAGACAUGGUGAAAGCAGUAAUGCAAUAAUUAUGCUGUUGAUGCCUACAGGUAUACUGUAUGUGCAGAUCACAUGGUUAAUUAACAACAGAAUGAGCAGCUAUGAAGCUGUGUGUUUGAGGGUUUGUGUCUUUGAUUCAGCCACGUUAAACCAGGAGUCCACGUUUACUGGUUAUUGGAGUCGUGAACCCAGAAAAUCGUUUAUUAACUAAGUGAUAUGUUUAUUUGUUCUUUGCAUCAUUGCGUUUCCAGUGGCUUGUUUUGUGCCACCUCCAAGAUGCAGCUCUAAGCCACAGCAAGUGUGGAUAUACUCCAAGUGACAAGGAUGUACCACCUGCUAGUAAACCAUUAGCUGAUGGGCUAUAGUGCAUUAUUUCAGUAUUUACAGUAUAACCAUAUAACCAUAUACAGCUAACAGAUAUGAUGCAAAUAUAUCGGUGAUUCUUCCAGACUUUUCAGUGACUUGUGUCAAGUUCUUUAGCAUUCAGGUAAGCUGGGUCUUUGUUAUCAGCUGUUAACAUAUUUAGCUGAGGGCGAUAAUGAGGAAAUCAAGUGAUGCUCAUUGGAAAGUGUCUGUAGAGCAGCUUCAAGCACAGUGUUUCAGGGUUCAUUUUGUUUUCUUUUUUAAUCGAAUAGCCAUAAUAUUGCUGAAUAGAGUUCUUGUUUCAGUUUUGGCCAACGGCCUACUGCGUAGACAGCACUGCCAUCCUUAUACUGUAACAGACUUCUUUUUAAAUGUCAUUUUAAUAUUGUUCUAAAGUAGUAGUAUUUGUGACAUGUUUUUGUUUUCUUUUCUCAGUUUGAGUAUUGUCAUUUUCAGCCUAUUCUUUACAACUUUACAAUGAACUACUAGUAUGUUAAAACACCUAUUAACACAUUGUAUAUUCAUGUUGUAUAUUGAUGAUUCUUGGAAAUUAAAUUGUCUACAAUACUAUUUUAUAUCUGUAAAUAACUAAUGUUUUUAAAUGCAGUGUAUCUAUCAUGUAGCAUGCCGUUUUUAAAGGCAAGUAAUAUAAUUUUAUUUUUUGGUUUUACAGAAUAAAUAUUUAUUUUGUAUUGGGGUGGUGAAAAGGGUGAAAUAAAGCUUAUGUAAUUUUCAAAA